CCUGUUUACAAGCCGCUGCCAGCGGAGGAUGUGGAGUACAGAGCCUGGAAAAAAAAAAGACAGCCCGCAACUACAGGGGGAGAAAAUACAGCCACGAAUGAGAAAUUUGUUCCUCUGCUGUUGAUAAAUUAGGACUGUCAAAGCCGCGGAGAGCUCACCGGCGAUUAAUAACUGCACAUUAUUAACUUAAGGCGUUGUUAUGCAAUGUAACGCUUUCAGCGCUCUCGCCCGGUUAGUCAGAGGCUGCUGAUUGUGCUCGGCUGCUAUGGUGUAGUUUUUUUUUUUUAAAAAUGCCUAAUUUGGUUAAAGUUAAGUGUGGAUCCGGAUUUCUGCUGGAGACCUGUUUUCAAGGAUUUGCUGUUUCUUUAGUCGAAUUGAGGAGGUGGUAGACAGCUGGUCCGUGCUAAGCUUUCCUAAAAGAGCGUUCAGACAAGGACGGCGCGGAUGGGACUUAAAAGACUUCAGAAAGGGCCUGGUUGGCAGAAGGAGUGAGUAUGGACAACCUUUCUGAAUUCGGUGGCUCCUGUCCGUCUGGCCGCAGGGAAUGGGACACCAAUAGCUGCAUGGAAGAUUUAAUGGAUGAAGAUGAGAAGGACAGGGCAAAAAGGGCAUCCCGUAACAAAUCGGAAAAGAAAAGAAGAGACCAAUUCAAUGUGCUCAUCAAAGAGCUAUGCACCAUGCUGCAGGGCCAGGGCCAUCCGCGCAAGAUGGACAAGUCCACCAUAUUGCAGAGGACUAUUGACUUUUUGCAGAAACAGAAAGACAUCACUGCACAGAACAACACUUGCGAUGUGAGGCAGGACUGGAAGCCUUCAUUUCUCAGUAAUGAGGAGUUCACUCAGUUAAUGCUGGAGGCCCUAGAUGGUUUCUUGGUUGCAUUAACUACAGAUGGCAACAUCAUAUACGUGUCUGACAGUGUGUCCUCACUUAUUGGCCAUUUACCGUCAGAUAUGGUGGACCAAAAUAUCUUGAAUUUCCUCCCGGAGCGGGAACACGGGGAGGUGUAUAAGCUGCUAUCAUCCCACAUGCUGAUGACUGACCCCAUUGCUGCUGACUUCCUUGACAGUGAGGCACAUAUUGAAUUUUGCUGUCAUCUAGCUAGAGGUAACAUGAACCCAAAAGAGCCACCUGUAUAUGAGUACGUCAAGUUUGUUGGAGAUUUCAAGUUUCACAGCAAUGUGCCUACAUCUUCUUGUAACGGGCUCGAGCUCACAUUACCAAGGAGUCUACAGUCGUCCCUGGAGGAGCAGGUCUGCCUCAUUGCUACUGUGCGAUUAGUCACUCCACAGUUUCUAAAGGAUUUGUGUAACGUGGAAGAUCCCUGUGAUGAAUUCACUUCCAGACACAGUCUUGAAUGGAAGUUUCUGUUUUUGGAUCACAGAGCUUCACCAAUUAUAGGCUAUUUACCCUUUGAGGUCCUUGGAACUUCUGGCUAUGAUUACUAUCAUGUGGAUGACUUGGAGCUCAUAGCCCAGUGUCACAAGCAAUUAAUGCAGUUUGGAAAAGGUAAAUCCUGCUAUUAUCGAUUCCUGACCAAAGGUCAGCAAUGGAUUUGGUUGCAGACUCACUACUACAUUACUUACCACCAGUGGAACUCCAAACCUGAGUUCAUUGUGUGUACUCACACUGUUGUCAGCUAUGCGGAAGUGCGAGCUGAAAAGAGGAGAGCGUUUGGCCUUGAAGAGCUGUCACCACCUGAGAUAGCCCCUUCCUCUGUAAAGGCUCAAGAGCUCUAUCUGGACAUCUGCUCCACACUGGACGCUCCACGGGACGGAAACAGCGGUGCACGUUCGGUGUCCUCCCACAGCUCCCGGAAGUCCUCCCACACAGCGCUGUCAGACUCUGCAUCAGCUAACUCCUACACAGAGGCCUGCACACCAUCAUGGCAGUCUGCUUCCAUUGGGCCUGAAAAAACAUCUGCCAGAUUCCAACCAAGCAGUUCAAAGAAUUUGGCACAAAGACAAAAUUCCUUUGACCUUGUUCCCCCAAUGAGCCUCCCCCUUUCUCCUACCUGCAGCAAGCACUCUGCAAUGCAACAGCAAUCACAGCAGCAGCAGCAGCAGUCGGAGCAGCAGCAGUCGUCCAUGUAUCAGCUGCAGCAGCCGCAGCUCGGUGUUAUGAACCAGCUGAAGGAACAGCUGGAAGAAAGGACACGCAUUCUGCAAGCUGACAUUAAGACACAACAGCAGGAGCUGCACGACAUUAAGGAGAAGCUUCACCUUGCUAACCUACAGAUGUUGUUACAGCAGCCUGUCCACAAUGACUUUAGCCAGGCCCAGCAGCAGCAGCCUCAGCAGCAGGGUCCAGGAAGGCCGGCCCAGCAGAGCCAGUCUGGGGUCAUCAGGCAGCUGUCGGGCCAACCUAAACCAGUCUGUGGGGCUCACAGUUCAUCCCCUCACUCACUCCUGAGAGAGAAUAGUUCACCUUCAACACAGGUCCAGCAGAGGAUUACACGGAGCGGGCAGCCACAGUCAGUAAGUUUGCCCGUGCAGACAAACACGAGCCUGACGAUGCCCUUCUACAGCAACCCCAUGAUGUUCUCUCAGACCAACACGAGGCCUCAGCAGGAUGCAAACCAAAGACACCCAGACAACCAAUUCACCCAAGAUGGACAACUACGAAUGCUCCUCAACCAACCAAUGCAGACGCUGGUCCCCACAAGUGUCAGCUCGCAGCCUUCGCAGUGCAACAUGGGCAUCUCCCCAUCCAUAUACACCUUGGAGCAGCAGAUCAUCGCCCCCUCAUUCCCCAUGCAACAGGUCAACUGCAAUGCCGUCCUCGUGCCCUCUCCGGUCUUCACAUCUCCUAUAAUGAUCCCACACAACAGCUUCAUCACGCACCAGUCCCAGACAGCCUAUCACUCUCAACCUCAGGCCUCUCAGCACUCCCUACAGCUCCAGCAGCCACAGCAGUUCUUUCAGAUGACUCAAGGACUCGUACACGGUGGAUCUACUCCAGCAUUCUUACACACCACUAAUGUCCCACAGCAAAGCACUGUGGGAUACAUUCAGCAGCAACCACUAGUGCAGCAGCAACAGCCGCCACAGCAACAAAGGCAAUACCAACAUUCCCAAAACCAGACUGGCAGUGUUUCAGAAUAUCGAAAUUUGCUGACUCGGUAGCACUGUAGACCUGACUGGUGUGCUGAGAUCUGCCUCUGUGACUGGGCCAUGUAGGUGGAAACGUCAUGUAGGAAGUCAAACUUGAUGACAGGUUGCUUGAAAGUGGAAAAACUGCUUGUUGUGACCUUUCGAUGUGAAGCUGCCUGUUGCAGAAGAAGCCGGCCUUUACGUCACUGGAAAGAAACCACAAGCACAAGCAAGAUUGCACUGACCUGACGUCGAGUACGGGCUCUGAAGAAGCGCGAGGUGCCGGGCCUUCAUCAGCAGGCCACGUCGCACUCCGUCGUCUGUCAGUGAAACUGCUGGGACAAGUGGUUUAUCAAAGCUCUUAAAAAGAUACUUUUACAUGUUUACAUGUGGAACUUUUCAUCUAACAAGGUUUCCUUUAAGUGUCUGUUCAUACUUUGGUACCACCUCCUACUCAAAAGUAGAGUAUUUAUUUUUGCCCAUUAAUUAAUGUUUAUUUCACCCACUGAUAGUGAGAUUCUGAAAAUCCUUCCCCAGUGACAGAACUCAAGUGAAGAUAAGAAAUCUCAUAAAGGGAUUUGUGUGCAUGAGAACUCUACAUUUCACUUGGCUCCCAUUAUGUCCCCAAAACAAUUCUUUACUUGCAGGUAUGUUCAUGUGGUUCAUACGGUAGGUCACGAGAGAGGGGCUUUAUGGUGAGACAUGCUGUGGUAAGGUGAUCAUCAUAUCAAAAAUCGGGUUUGGUAAAUGCUAAGAUGUCACAACAGGAGUGAGAUGGUCUCCAGUUUUUAGGAAGGUCUAUCUAGAUUUUUAAAGCCUCAAUCUGGAACUGAAGUAGGGGUGCUGCAGCUGUUGCACCGCUCCUCAAAAAGAACAACAACAACAAAUCUUUGAAGUUACAAUUUCCGGUGCUUUUGAUGAGCAGUGCGGGAUGGGUUCUUUUUUU